AAUAAUGUUCAUUUGGUCGCCCCGGUAGCAGAACUAUGCAGACAGAACCAGCGGAGCGGAGGAGGCAGCCUGGCCGGGGAAGGAGCGGCGACAGCGGGCAGAGCCGCGCAGAGCCGCGGGGGAAGCAGCCGAGAGCCGCCGACAGCUCCGCCCGGAGCCCCGAGGAGCAGAGAGCCAGGUUAAAGGAGAUCAUCGUCACCAUGCAGCAGAAAGAGAAACAGCCAGGAUGGAGAGGGAGCAGAGCGGAGAGGGAAGGAGAGGAGGAGGAGGAGGAGGAGGAGGAGGUGGAGAGGGGCCGACGGAGGGAGAGGAACCGAGGCGACGGAGGAAGGAGGAGCAGGAGGAGGGCGGCAUCAGCAGGAGGAGGAGAAAGUGAGCAGGAAGAGGAGCUGAGGUGGAGAGUCCACCGGCUGGAGAAGGAGAAACUGGAGCUGACAGCCGGACACAACCAGGAGCUGUGCAGGCUGCAGGCCGAGCUGACCCGCCUCAGGUCCUCGGUGGAGCGAGGAGAAGCCCAGCGGGAGGAGCUUCAGUACCAGCUGACCGUGAGCCAGAGAGACGCAGAGCGAACCUCUGAGCUCAGCAGAGAGAAGCUCGCUCUCACAGAGCGAACAGCAGAGCUCCAGCAGAGUGUUCAGGAGCUGCAGAAAGUUCUGGACUUCACCCGUCAGGCCCGAGACGAGGACCAGCAUGCCUUUCAGCAGGAGGUGGAGGAGCGCGACAGACUGAUUCAGAGCUUCAGCACAGAGAGCCAACGACUGCACCAACUGCUGCAGGAUCAUGAGGAGGCUCUGCAGGAGUCAGAGAGGAGGAUGACGGAGCUGCAGAGGGAGAGAGAGAAGGAGGCCGAGCUGAACAGAAGACAAGCCAACGAACUGAAAUACCUGACGGAGAGAGAGGAGAGGAGCAGGAGGGAGAAGGAGGUGGUGGAUCAGAGGGUGAGGUCUCUGGAGUCCAGCAUCGAGGCGGAGCGAGCCGCUCACUUGGAGUCCAAGUUCAACUCUGAGAUCGUCCAGCUGCGGGGGCGGGACCUGGAGGCGGCGCUGGCGGCGGAGCGGUCCGGCCUGCAGGAGGCGCAGCGCAGCGUGGAGCUGCUGACGGCUCGGCUCAGAGAGGAGGAGAGGGAGAACAGCCUGCAGAGGGAGAGGAGCAGCAGCACGGAGAGAGCCCUGCAGCGCAUGCUAAAGGAGUACGAUCAGUGUAAGUCUGAUCUGAGCGUUGAGAGGACGACGACCUCUGACCUCACAGAGAAGCUGGAGGAGGAGAAGAGACGGCACGCCAACACACACACACUGCUGCAGCAGGAGGCUCAGAGACGCUCCAACGCUGAGGAGAGUCUCACACACAUCAGAGAAACUCUCCAACAACACACACCUGCAGACACCCGCCCUGCAGCAGAGCAUGAUGGGAAGCGUAGUCUCUCUGCUGAGGUGGUGCAGCUGCUGAAAGUGACGCUCGGCGCCUCCGAGCACCGACAGGAAGCUGCAGACAAACAGCUCCAGGAUCUGCUGACGGUCUCGGAGCGCCUGCAGGACGAGACCGGACGCCUCCGACAGCUGAGCUCGGAUCAGAGCCGACAGCUGCAGGAGUCGCAGCAGGCGUCGGGUAGACUGGAAGAGGAGGUCACUCGACUUGGGCAGGAGAGCUCUGAUUGGUCGACACAGAGCCGGAGUCUGCACGCUGAGCUGCAGAAAGAGAGGGAGGAGAGGGACAGAGAGAAGGAGAGAGAGAAGGAGGAGAGGGAGAGAGAGAAGGAGAGAGAGAGAGGGAGGAGAGGGAGAGAGAGAAGAGAGAGAGAGAGGGAGGAGAUGACAUCAGAAGUCCAGAAGAUAACUGAGCACUACCAGAAAGAGUCAGAGACCCGCCUGUCCUUCCUGUACUGCGUCUACCAGCGGCUGCUGGCCGGCUGCAUCCUGCUCGACAACUCCCAGAGCAUGCUGGGUAAUUUCACCUGGAAGGAGCUGUGUGAUGUCAUCAACGAACAGGUCGACCAGAUGACCUCUGACCUCCAGAAGGCCAAAGACAAGAUCAGCCACCUGCAGAGUGUGUGUGAGAAGUUGAGUGUGUGUGUGCGUAAGCUGCAGCACAGCCACCAGGCUGCGUUGUCUCAAGUGGAGGAGAGUGUGAGGAGGAGAGAGGAGGAGUGGAGCAGCCAGCACACACACACUGUGACACAGCUGCAGAACCAGCUGCAGGAGUGUCGCUCUCAGGUUGCCUCCCUCCGUGACCACGCCUCCUCUCUGGAGCUCCACGCCUCCUCGCUGACCUCUGACCUCUCCCGGCGCCGCGGCGAGGCGUCCUGCCUCCUGGCGGCGUGCGCCCUGCUGGCCGGGUCGCUGAAACACACGCACCGCCGCCUGCAGACGCUCUGCAGACAGAAGAGGCUGGUGUGCAGGCGGCUGGCGCAGAGGGAGGAGCUGGAGGAGGAGGUGAGGAGGCUCGCCGCCGCGCUGGGAGGAGAGGACGAUGAAGAGGAGGAGAGGAGGAGGAGGAGGAGCGCGGCGCUGAGGAGGUGGAGAAGCGGUGUGUGUGUGGUGGUGGCGGUGAGGAGGUGGCGUCUUCUCACCAAACACACCGACGUGAUGCUGCGGCUGCAGAGAGGGGGCGGAGCUCCGGCCGCCUGCGUCGCCAUGGCAACACGGAGUCGAGACGCUCCGAGGACAGAUAAAGACGAUGAUGAUGAUGAUGAUGAUGAUGAUGAUGAUGAAGGUCGGGAGCGUGUUUGUUCUCGCUGGCUUCGCUCUAAAACUCUCUCCUCCAUCAUCCUGACCGCCACCGCCGACCUGCAGGGGGCCAUCACACACACCAGCUCCUCCCCUCCAGGUGUGAUGUCAGCAGCUCGUUCUGCUUUGUCCCGCCUCCUGGAUCACCUCCUCGACCAAUCAGACGCACCGUCCUCUCUGUCUCCGUGCAGAAAGGAUGAUGAUUCGCUGAGCAGAGCUCUGCCUCCACAGCCCGACGCCAAGGCCGUUGUGUCGACGCUGCAGCAGCACUUCCUGUCCUUCAGCCAACGGCUGCACACGGCCGAGGUGGAGAGGCGGAGCCUGAGGCUGGCGGUGACCAAUCUGAAGAGAGGACUGAGACGGGAGAGAGAGGAGACGGUCCCGGCGCAGCGUUUCCAGCGUGUGUGUGAGGAGCUCCGCCAGGCUCUGAGCAGGGAGCAGGAGGCCCAGACGCUGGUCCAGGAGCAGAGCGGACAGCUGCACACACUGCAGCUCCGAGUCAACACACACACCGCCGAGCAGAGCGGCACGCAACACACACUGAGCCAGACCGCACAGUCUCUGUCGGAGGCUCGGCAGGAGCUGAGGCGGAAGGAGCGCUCGCUGAGGAUUCUGGGUAAACACCUGUCGGAGGGUCAGAGGGACAGGAAGCAGCUGGAGGAGACGCUGCGGCGAGCAGAGGACGAGUUGAGGAACGCCGCCGGACGGAGAGAUUUUCUGAUCAGAAACAUGAAGGCUGCAGAGACCAGCUACAAGGAGGUCAGAGAAAGUCUCGUCCAAUCACGUGGCUCCCUGUCAGCUCAGCCCCGCCCCCUGCUGUUACCAAGGGAACACCUGGAGCUCAGCGGAGCAGAGAGCAUCAUGGGAGCUCCAGAGGUCACCGCGUGUCAGACCCUCCUCUCCUCCGUCUCUCAGCUGUUUCUCUCCUGCAGCUCUCGGAUUGGUUGGUUGGAGCAGGAAGUCUCCGCCCAGCGCAGUCAUGUGACCGCGCUGCGUGGCGAGCUGCAGGACGCCUGUCUCCGUGACAACCAGGCCUACGUCCCUCUGGCUGAGUUUCCAGAAUCGUUCCCAUUGGCUGAGGUAGAAGCCCCUCAACCCCUCCCCCUCUCUGAUUUGUCAAAGGAGCCGUCAGUCAGGUUAAGCCCCGCCCCCUCCCCAGCCCUCUCCAAACCCUCCAGAGGAUCGAAGACGAGGGAGAAGAAAGCCGUGAAGAAGAACAGAGGAGGCCGGAGGUAGACCGCACGUCCUGGAGGAUUAUUAUUAUUAUUUUAUUAUUUUCAAGGAUCUGAGAAUUUAUACUUAUAUAUAUAUAUGAAAAGACUUGUUUAAGGUCCUGGAAAAGUCUGGAAAGUCCUGGAGAAACGUGAAGUCGUCAGAAGCAGAAAAACUAGAAUCUGAGGGGUUUUUUUCUGUUUAUUUAAUAUUUAACAGCUGGAUGGUGACAGACAACUGAAGGCCAGAUGGUGUGUGUGUGUG